AGAUGACUUGCCCAAAGAUGCCGUCAAGCGAGCCAAAUGCAUUGCCUAUGGCCCAAAUUAUUCACCCGAGGAGGAAUCGAUACGCAGCUCUUAUGCUCAGCAAUACGUCAAUACCGCGCGACGACCGCAGAACUUCAUCCGCAAUGCUGAGCUUGGCGAACGCUUCCAAGAGUCAGUCCAUGACGAUCGAUCUUGCGCGAGCUUAUGCAACGUAUCGGCAGGCAUCCGAAACUACAGCGCCUGCUCGAGAUGCACCAUGCCGUCCUCGAGCGCGAAUCUCAUCCCGCGAUGCAUCUCCGGGCUGACCUGCGCUCCUUCGACUUUGACACCCUGGUCCCCUUCAGAUUUGACACCAUCCUCAUCGAUGCUCCUCUGGCAGAGUACGGGCAAGCGGACAAUUGGUCAUGGGACGAGCUAGCCGCAUUACCGAUCCCACGACUGGCUGCUCAGCCUUCAUUUAUUUGGAUCUGGGUAGGCUCAGGUUCAGGACCGAGUCAAGGUCUCGAAAGAGGUAGAGAUCUCCUUGCUCGAUGGGGUUAUAGACGCUGUGAAGACAUCGUCUGGCUCAAGAGCAAUACUCGCGCGCCUGCAAUCGAGGAUGAGCCGGUGACAGAUACACUGCUGACGCAUACAAAGGAGCACUGCCUCAUGGGAAUCAAAGGGACUGUCAGGCGAAGCACAGAUGGCGCAUUUGCGAGAUGCAAUAUAGAUACAGAUGUCAUCGUGUGGGAAGGCGACCCAGACAAUCCACUCGCCAAACCGCCGGAACUCCACGCGCUGAUCGAAAACUUUUGCUUGGGCUCAAGGCGGCUCGAACUCUUCGGUUCUCGUGCACGACGAGGUUGGCUCACGCUCGGUCCUGCCGACAUAGACAGCGCAGAGCAGUUUGAGCAGGCAAAGUACGCGGAGUGGUUCGCUCAGAAUGGCGCACUCUUCACCACGACGCAAGAGAUCGACGACUUGCGGCCGAAGUCACCACCGCCCAGAACUGCUCGCGGCGGUAACCCGACGGGCGGCAUAGGCAGGGGACGCGGUCGUCGAGAAUCUCCAGCACCACCUCCUGUGCCUGCUCAGCAGAUGCAGAUGAAUGCACAAGCGCAAGCCUUCAUUCCCAUGCCGUUCAAUCCUAUGCUUGCAUUUUAUGGGAUGCCGCAGUACCAGUCAUGAUGUUGUUGUAUACUGCAAAGCAUGUCUGUGUCAGUAAAGUGGUCUGGAUUUCGCAAAGAGAACUGCUCAUAAAUGAGUUGUUACACUUGUUUUGUCAGCUCGCAGAGGACCUCGUGGAUCUC